AUGGUGUCCGGAGAAGUCCCUAGUAGUUUUGAUGCUUACAAGAGGAAGAAAUUCUUCAAGGAUGCUAGGCAUUACUAUUGGGAUGAGCCUUACUUGUACAAGAGAGGACCAGACAGCAUUUACAGGAGAUGCAUAGCUGAAGAGGAUGUACAAGGAGUUCUAGAGCAUUGCCAUGGGUCAGCUUAUGGAGGUCACUUUGCUACAUUCAAAACAGCAACUAAGGAAAGGAGGAUCACCAAGAGGGAUGAAAUGCCACUAAACCCAAUUCUAGAGGUUGAGAUCUUUGAUGUAUGGGGAAUAGACUUCAUGGGACCUUUCAAACCUUCCUCAAACGGGCACAACUACAUUUUGGUUGCUGUGGACUAUGUGUCCAAAUGGAUUGAAGCCAUUCCCUGCCCAACCUGUGAUGCUAAGGUUGUUAUCAAACUGUUCAGAACCAUCAUCUUUCCAAGAUAUGGCAUCCCAAGGGUUGUUAUUUCGGAUGGAGGUUCCCAUUUCAUCAACAAGGUGUUUGAGAAGUUGAUGAAGAGUUAUGGAGUCAAGCACAAGGUCGCCACGCCUAUCACCCUCAAACCAGUGGGCAAGUUGAAGUCUCCAACAGACAGAUAA